GGCGUGUGGUGACGUAUAGGCGUGUGGUGACGUCACGCACGGUUGACUUUUGACCCCUCCCUCCACCAAAAUUUGGCGCGAACUUUUUGCGCGUCGCGUCGUCAUCUCGACGCUUGGAUAUUUAUUUAACGCCUUAGGUUUUUUUAGCUAUUUUAUCUAUUUUAAAAAAAACCCUCAACGUAUUGCCGUAACAACAAUAAUAAAAACCCCAUACAGACGAAGAGAAGAAAAUGCAGAGAUCCAUCGCGUCUUUUUUCCAGCCAGCAAAGGGCCAGCAGCCUGAUAAAAUAAUACCCAAGCAGCCUGAGAAAACCAAGCCAAAACCAGAAAAAGUAGUGACUAAAACGCCACUUAAAGCAAAGAAGAAUGGUUGCUCUCCACCUGCUGCUGACAACACCGAUUCCCCCGUUAAAAGAUCUACAAAGAAAACGCGGCGAGUCCUGGAGAGCGAUGACGACGAUAACGAUGAUGACGAUAACAUUGACGAGGAAGCACGUAACAACAGUGUGCUGAAGAGCACAGGCUCGGAAAAGAGCAAAACCACGGAGAACACCGUUACCCCGGAUAAGAAUGCGAUGCGGGUAAAGAGGGAGACCCCAGAAAGGAAGCCAACACCAGAGCAGAAGAAGACUCCUAAGAAUAGUAAAGUCUUAGUGGAGAAGGACAAAACAGCAGGGCAUGAGGUGAAGUCGAAUGGGAAGAGUAAGGAAUCACCUGGCAAACAGAGUGACGGGGAGGUCGACACCUCUACCUCUGAACCCGAGGCAGGCAAGGCAAAGGAGACUGAAAACAAUGUGGAUACCAAGACUGGGACUUCAAGUCCCACGCUGCACACAUCCCCGGAAGGAAAUUUGGUCAUCCCAAAGCGCAAGACAGCCCGUAAACAAUUACCUAAGCGGAAGCUCGAUGCCUCCCCUGAAGCCUCGGAUUCCUCCAAGAAGCCCAAACAAGAGGACACAGGAGACACACCAGCCAAGAAGCAGGAGACGAUACCCACGAGCAAAGAGCAAGGGCAGAAUGUGGCCGAGCCAAUGGACAUUGAUACGUCGGCGACUGAAGCAGAGAUCACGAAACCAAAGGACAAAGCAAACACAAGCGCAGACUCCGCACAGGAGCCCACUGCUGAGGAAGCCUCCCCCGAGCGUGAAAAUAAAUCUGCGGAGAAGAAGAAGAAAAUGGAGGAAAGGAUAAUUUCUCCAGAUAAGGCAGAUGAUUCUUCAAAACAGACACCGAAGAAGAAAGCAACAGAGAAGCCAGCCCCCAACAGCAAGGGCAAAGAAGUCAUGAGCAGCUUUUUUGCGCCGAGGAAGAGCUGCGCCAAGGUCAUGGAGGAAGAGCAGAAGGUGCCGGAGGAGAAUAAGAACACGGCAGAUGAAGAGGUAGAGGAAAAGAAAGAGAAGACGGACAAGGAAAAGGCUGUUGACAAAGAUGUUACACCGAGCCACAAGCCUAUUAGCAGCUUUUUUGGAGGUGGAAAAGUGGAGACGACACCGGGCUCACAAGAAAACUACAAUCCCGCGAAAAGCCAUUACCACCCAAUAAAUGAUGCCUGCUGGGAACAUGAACAAAGGGUUCCCUAUCUUGCCGUAGCAAGGACGUUUGAGAAAAUUGAGGAGGAGUCUGCUCGGCUCAAGAUCGUGGAGACGCUGAGCAACUUCCUGCGUUCUGUCAUCGCGCUCACCCCGGACGACCUCCUUCCAUGCAUUUACCUGUGCCUCAAUCAGCUGGGCCCUGCCUACCUGGGCCAGGAGCUCGGCAUCGGGGAGACCAUCCUCAUGAAAGCCGUUGCUCAGGCUACCGGGCGGCAGCUGGACAAGAUCAAGGCGGAGGCCCAGGAGAAGGGAGACCUGGGGAUUGUGGCCGAGUGUAGCCGCAGCACCCAGCGCACCAUGUUCACCCCUCCCAAGCUGAACGCCACCACGGUGUUCAGCAAGCUCAAGGACAUCUCCCGCUUGACGGGAAAUACUUCUAUGAACAAGAAGAUUGAUGUUGUGAAGACCAUGUUUGUGGCCUGCCGGCACUCAGAGGCUCGCUACCUCAUCAGGUCACUGGGUGGGAAGCUGCGUAUUGGGUUGGCAGAACAGUCCGUCAUCGCUGCCCUCGCCCAAGCCGUCAGCCUGACACCUCCUGGACAAGAGUUCCCACCGAAGGUACUGGAUGGUGGAAAAGGCAUGUCACCAGACUCUCGGAAGGCAUGGAUAGAAGAAAAGAACCAGAUUCUGAAGCAGACCUACUGUGAAUUGCCAAACUACGACGUGAUAGUGUCAACCCUGCUCAAAGAGGGCCUGGAUAACUUGCCCAAGUUCUGCAAACUCACCCCGGGAGUGCCCAUGAAGCCAAUGCUGGCACACCCAACCAAGGGCAUUGGAGAAGUGCUCAAGAGGUUUGAUGAAGCAGCCUUCACUUGCGAGUACAAGUAUGAUGGGGAGCGGGCACAGAUUCAUCUGUUGGAGAAUGGGGACCUCCAUAUCUACAGCCGAAACCAGGAGAACAACACCACCAAGUACCCCGACAUCAUCAGCCGUUUUAGCAAGGUCAAGAAGGAGCACGUGCGUUCGUGUGUCAUCGACUCGGAGGCCGUAGCCUGGGAUCAGGAGAAGAAGCAGAUUCAGCCCUUCCAGGUGCUCACCACUCGCAAACGGAAGGAUGUUGAUGCCUCAGAAAUUAAAGUUCAAGUCUGUGUCUAUGCCUUUGAUCUGCUCUACUUGAAUGGGGAGUCGCUGGUGAAGGAGCCGUUCCGGCGGCGGCGGGAGCUACUGCGUGCUGCGUUUGAGGAGGUGGAAGGGGAAUUCAUGUUUGCCACGGCCAUGGUCGGCUCGAACACGGAAGAAAUUGCAGAGUUCCUGGAGCAAUCUGUUCGUGAUUCUUGUGAAGGCCUCAUGGUGAAGACUCUUGAUGUGGAUGCCACCUAUGAGAUUGCCAAGAGGUCCCACAACUGGUUGAAGCUAAAGAAGGACUACCUGGAGGGGGUUGGAGACACCCUGGACCUGCUGGUGGUAGGUGGAUACCAUGGCCGGGGCAAGCGCACGGGCACGUACGGGGGCUUCCUGCUCGCUUGCUACGACGACGAGAACGAGGAGUACCAGACAAUCUGCAAGAUUGGCACGGGAUUUAAGGAUGAAGACCUGGAGAAGCAUGCUGCCUUUUUUAAGGAGCAUGUGAUUGAGCGUCCGCGGUCGUACUACCGCUUCGAGAGUGGCGCAGAGCCCGACCACUGGUUCGACGCUGUGCAGGUGUGGGAAGUCAAGUGCGCCGACCUGUCGGUGUCUCCGGUCUACAAGGCAGCCAAUGGCCUGGUGGACAAGCAGAAGGGCGUGUCCCUGCGCUUUCCUCGCUUUCUUCGCGUGCGCGACGACAAGAAGCCAGAGGAUGCCACCAGCAGCUCGCAGGUGGCAGAGCUUUAUAACAAGCAGCAGCAGAUACAGAAUCAGAAAUCAUCGGUGGCCGAGGAUGCGGGCGAAGAAGAGUUUUACUAGGAGAUGGACAUUGCAUACCCGAGCCUCUUCCGUGUCACGGGGGAGGGGGGGGUAGGACGGGGAUCCAGAGUGCUUGGGUCGUCAGUCUCAUUGCUGAAACCAGCCCACUGACGACUCGACCUCGAAUAAUUCACGAACACCAUUUUUUGUUCCUGGGUAGUAAGUGUCAUUUUCUAAUUGCUUAUGCCUCAAAAGUAUGGAAAACGGCUAUUAUUAUUCCCCGCAAACUUUUGAUGUGACCAGGACUUUACGUGAAGGAAUGACACAAAUUCACACGACGUUUUCUAUAUAGGUCAGUGGGCCGAACUUGGUCAAAAAAGUUGUUUAGUUUCAUCUUAUACAUGUGUUCGGAAACAUUGAAAAUAGGUACAUUUCAAAAUAUCACUGUCCUGGUCACAAAAGCAAAGUUUGUGGGGAAUAAUAGCCCAUUUUCUGUACUUUUGAGGCAUAAGCAAUUAGGAAAUAACACUUACUACCCAGGAACAAAACAUAUAUAUACAAAAUAUCUAUUUUUUUUGUUACACUGUUAUAAUUCAGCUUCCAUGGGGGCACAUUUGCCUCAAAAUAUGCGGUGGUUUCACGAGACCAGGUUUUAUUCCACGUCCAUGAGUAUUCUUUCGGGGGAAUUUGUACAAGUAGUGCGUUAUAACUUGUCAAUAUCUCCGUGGUUCACGGUGAAACAAACUUGGCAACGGCUCGCUGUGUAUUUUACGUGCCCGAGAAAAUAAGUGUUCUUCUCACAAGUUUCUGGAGAGCAGCAAUUGUACAGAAGACAAUCCUGAUCUGUCCACUUGUAGGAUUUGUUUGCAAAGGCCGUGCUGGACAGGAUAGGGUAUGAAAGUUAUUAUAAAAACAUUUGCCAAGCUGUUUCUUUCUGGUGUUGUAAUUAACUAUCUUUAAUAGUUCUACUUUGAUAAGUGGCUGAAAAGUCCCCUCCUAUUACGUUAAAACUACUUGUUGGAAAAAACAGUUUUUUGAUGGUAAGUUCUUAUUGUAAUCAGACUUUUAAAGACGUAUUCGGCUGGUCACGACUUCAAUAGAUUGGUGAAUACAAACAGCCCUCCAGUUUUGGGCUCGGCACAUCCAUCAUUGGUCCUCCCAUCUCAAGCCCCUCGCCACUUUUAAAAUGCAUUAGUGAUCCCCACCCAAAGCUGUUACAUAAUGCUCUGAUGGACGCCGAGGCAAACCAUCUUAAGUAAUAAAUAAACAAAUGCCAGCCGAGUUUAAAUAAUGUGCUAGAUUCACAUUGGUGAGCUAUCAUUGGUUUAGGGGGAAAGCUGAUGUAGUGAGCACACAAUCUUUAUUUGUGCGGGAGGUGGAACAUUCAAAUUAGAUUGGUCAAGAGAGUAAUUUGGAAAUGUCCGGGAAAGCCAUGUACAAUUGGCGAGGGGGGGGGUCUUGGAGGAGCGUUGGAGAGGCAAGGGAAGUUUGAGAAGGAUGAGGGGGAUAAAAUAAGUCGUUAAAGGGAUUCGCGAGGAUCCUUGAACGGAUUAAUUCUGUUAAGUGUUGCAUGUUGUGGUGUUUUAUGUGCCUAAGAAAAUAAAGAACAAGUUUUAAGACUU